AUGUUCUUCAAAAUUAUCAUUACAGCUGCUACUCUCGCCGAUCUUGUUACCGCUGUGCCCUAUAGUACGCCGUGCGCCUCGCAAGAUAUCUGUAUAGAUGCCAUCAAUGACUGUGGUGUCAUGUACGGAGGCUGCUAUGAUAUCUGCUCUCCUGAGCUAUCACCCACACCACCACCAUGUCCACCUUUUACACCUGCUCCCUACCCAACCAUUACCCCUAUCACACAAGACCCAACUAUCACUCUUGUCACUCCUGACCUUGACCCAAUUAUCACUCUUGAUUAG